CGCGGAAUAGCCCCGUUGCAACAUUGACCGCAUUCAAAUUGUCAUCUUUGUUUUAAUAUUGUGCGGUUUUUCUUAAAACAAAAAAACAUUAAUUACCAAAAAUACUCCAAAAUGAACGUGGCAUUAAUUUUCGCAUUAACAAUUUCGCUGUUCCCCAUUUCGCACUGCCACAACAAAUACACCGCUGAAGCCAACGCGAACAAAAAAUUAAAAAACGACGACAUGGACUUUCGGCCCGUGAGCCUGAAACACCUGGACAAGCCCUUCAGGAUGGCCAAACUAAACCUACUGUGGUCGAAGGCAGUCGUGAGGUUAUCUGAACCCAAACUGAAGUCGCUAUUUGGCGAGUUGAAGCUGCACGACAAGGAGGAAAUAACGUGGAAGCACCUGAAAGCCGACGGGAAGGACAAAGACGGGCUGAAGGAGGCCGAAUUGCGGAAAAAACUGAUAACAAUUAUGGGAAACUACAACUUAUUGGAUCAGGCAGAUGAUGUGAAUGAUGCGUCCAAAUAUAGAGCGCAUAAACCGUUGAAUGAAGCGUCCGACAAAUAUCUCAAUAAGAGUUUCUUCAAGGAUAAGAAGUUGAAUAAGUUGUGGGAGAAGGCGGAAACUGCGGGGUUUACCCCAGAGGAAUUGGCGGCUUUGAAGGAGGAGUUCGGGCACCACCAGGACAAAGUGGAUCAGUAUUAUGCGCUGUUGCACGACGUUAAAGGGGGCGAAGACAAGGAUGACGGAAUUGCGAAUUCUGUUGACGAAAAUCUGGACAAAUACAACACCAUUGAGAGUUUAGAGGAUGAAAAACCUAAUAAGGAUUACCUUGAUAAGGUGAAUCUUCUCAGGGAAAAACACCGCGAUAUUCGCGAUGGUUAUGAUCGCCUGUUUGUUCUGGCCGCUAAAGGACCCAGCAGCAAAGAGUUUGUGGAACCCAAGGUUCAAGGGUUGUGGAAAAUCGCGCUUGAGUCGAAUUUUCAACCAGAUGAGCUGGAAUCACUCAGGGUUGAACUUCUUCACUAUGAAAACCGGUUGUUGAAAUUGAGGCAUCUGCAGGCAGAAGCGGCUUUGAAGGAAGAUUGGCGUAAGAGGAAAGUGGAAAUGGCUGGCGGUAAAACAGACGGGAUGGUGUUGAUGGAAGAUACAAUCAAAAAGCAUGCUAGAAAGGUGGAGAAGAUCCAUCUGGAUCUUGAAACUAGAAUAAUGCAGAAGCAUAUUGAGCUAUAAUCGUCGUUUGGUGUGUUAACAGAGAGAUCUUUAUACUUUUGUAUUGUAAAAACUAAAGAAUUUAUUAAUAUAACGUGUCAAAACUUUACUAUAAAA